AUGCGCCUCUUCACUUUCGCCAACGCGCUUGCAGCGACUCUCGUUCUCGUCUCUCCUCCCCUCGCGACGGCAGCGCCCGCACCGAUCCAGAAUGACGCACGGGAGCACAACGUCGUGGAUGUGCUCCACGAGCUCAUCGUCCGCAUCGAGCCAGUCCUUACAGAACUCGGAUCUAUACCCCCCUCCGACCUCUCGCCCGACACCGUGCAGCCGCUCUCGGACGAGAUACAGGCGUUGCUGGUCGAGGGAACGCGCUGGGUACAGGAGCACGCGGGGAUGGUGCGGACGCUGGCCCGCUCGGACGGCCAGGCGGCGGACGUGGCGGCGAUGACGGGCCGGCUGCUUUGGACGACGAUCCCGGCCGUGAGCGACGCGGUCAUCGCCGCCGCACGAUACGGCGUCGGCGAGGCGCCGGAGGUCAGCGAGUGCUUGCAGGGAAUCGACAAUGCUAUCGUCGACCUCGUGGAGGCGAUUAUAAACACCCAUGAGCACAUGCUGGACGGGCUGCUCGUGCAGUUCGAGCCCUUGAUUGGCGACCUGUUGCAUCUACAAUACAGUCAGCUGGAGUACUGA